GUGCAAACAAUUCCGCGUGUUUAGACAUGCAUCUGCAUCGGAUGAAAGCCGUGGUACCGGUGGUAGACUGCGCCAAGUCGCUCCCCGACUCCAUCAGCAAGCACGCUUUCUGCAGAAAGAUGACGCAGACACUUCUUCACCCCGAUAAAUCUCCAGAAGUCCGAGUAUACCGCAGCUGUGGUUGGGUAAAGCAUAAACGAGAGUGUUACACCAAUGACAAUAAGGACCACCUGGAAACUGUUUGUCAAUGUUUUGGGGACAUGUGCAAUGCAGCUACAUCAUUACAAUAUGUAAAAGUGACAGUUCUAAUUAUCACCGCCAAUUCCAGACAAAUUAUCUUUUUGAAGACUAGGCAGCAUGGUCUCCGACCUUAGCCUGUUCCAAACGGAACAAACGUACUAAAAAAAAAAUUAUCACCGCCAUUUUAGUUACGUUUCAAAGUUGGCGAGGAAACAGUUUAAAUUUGGAAUUUUGUAGAUUCUAAAUUUUAAUAUUUGUAUAUCUGCGAUUCUUUAAUAUUUUUUCUGUUGGUAAACGAACAGGUAAUUGGCAUGUAUAAGUGUCAUAAAUAGUAAAUAAAAUUAUCCAUAAUUAAACAGAUAGUUUAGUUUGUAUUUGUAUUUAUUUAGUCUGCUACCAUUAGUAUGUAUGCGGCUGCCAAUAUUUAUGGAUUGACUCUUACUAGGCUAUUAAUAUACGUAAGCCACUAAAUUAUAAUACUAAAUUUGCAUGCCUUUAGAUAAGGCGAAAUGUGUAGAUCUAUUAUAUUUAAGACCAUUAUUAUAACCACAUUUCUAGCAAAUAAAUAAAUUAUUAUUAUUAUUAAUUAUUUGAUAAAUAUUACAAUAAUAAAUUUAUGUAAGCAAUAAAUACGUGCGCUGUACGCAUUAUAGCACUAUACGGGUGGCAAUUUACAAAAAAAAUAUCAAAUAAAUAAUCUUAUGGCUUUAACACAAUAUUGAAUCGUGUAUUUAGUUCAUAGACUUAGUAUAACGUACUACGUAUUUAAAUUAUGAUUAUGAAAUUGACUUAAACUCCAAAUCUUUUACAAAAUGUCAACUCUCAUUCGCGCUGUGCGCAGAGAAAUAUUUUUCAUACAGGGUGAUAAGUACUUCCAGUAUUUUUUGCUUAAAUUAUUUUUAAAUUUAGUUGUUCAAAAUUUGAUGUUAAAUAGAUAAUUACGUAAUAUGCAUUACUUAUGUAAAUUGUUCUUUCAUUUCUUUUCUUGUAUUAGAUAAUAAGAUAAAGAAAAUAAAAGUUACGACAA